AAACAGUAUGAAAGUCCGAAUCAUUGAGGUAAAAAACUCUAUUUUUUGGCAGAGUUUCAACCCUUCAACUCCAUCAAUCUCUCUAUCUAUCUGUAAAUACACCAUCAUGGUUCGCUUUAAGAAUCGUUGGGUUCUAUUUCAAAUUGUCCACGAGCCAGUUAUUGACCCACGUGGUAAAGUGAUCUAUCCAAAAACCCAGUUUGAAGUGACGGACGGUAUGAUUAGCAAAACAAUCUUUCAAGCCGUGGAAGAGAAUUACGGUCAAUUUGGAAAAGGACAAGGCACAUUGAGUGUCAAAUGGUUCAAUCCCAUCACGCAGAUCGGCAUCUUGCGUGUGCCACGCGAUUUCACCAAUAUGUUUCUCUCUGCUUUGUUCUUCAUUCGCCAGAUCGAGACUAUACCUUGUAGCUUUCAAAUUUUGCACGUUUCGGGUACGAUUAUCUUUAUACAGCAAGAGGCUAUUGAUUGGGAUAGAAGAUUCUAUAUAAAAGAACAGUCAGAAGCAGAAAAAAGAGGUAAAAAGAUUCCUAAACAAUGUGAUCAGAAAAGAGAAUGACUAACGGCUUCUUUCUCUCUGCUCUUGUUCAUAGGUCAACCCUACAGUGCUAUUGAUAAGAUUGAGCAGUCAAAGAAAGCCAUCGCGGCAUUACAAUAAGAAAGCUAGCAACCUAUAUUCAUUUGUAUAUACACUUUGUCCGAUACCAACAAUGUUGACACUAUUCAGAUAUU